CGGGGAGAUGCAGCGGGGCACGUGGGCUGGAGACACUUCCUAGAAACGCGCGCGGGCUCAACCCUGCCUGAACUUUCCUGUAAACAGAGCGCUGACAGGCGGCAUCCCGCUGGGUGGAUCCCGCGCUCCUGGAGCAAGUGGCGCUUCUUGCUUUUAAUUAGCAAGAGGAGAGGCGAAUAAGAACUAGCUGCUCGGCAAGUCAGUGCAGGAGGCUGACUUCUGGGAGGCUUGGGGGAAAAGCUAGGGGAGGCUGCUGGUCUGCUCCGGCUGUUUUCUCAAUGAAUAGCUGGCGGGGAGACUGAAGCCAGCCACAGCCUCCUCCUCACUCCGCAGCUGGGUGACGGCGACAGCUCCACACCGGACCUGGCUCCCAAGACGCGCUCCUUGGAAUGCCCUCUUGCUCCGCGCUUCUAAACCACCGGUCCCGAGAAAAGAAAGGCUUUGCGGAUCCAAAUAUUGCCCGGCAAAUGACACUUGGGAAUGGUAUUUUCUAAUGACAGCCCCGUCUGUUUGUGACAAAGCCUGUCGCCCGCAGUUGCCACUGGAGGGAAGUCCUAAGUAAAACUCAAUCUUGAGUAAGGCUGCUAGGGGCUAGUGGAGAGCCAGCACGCACCAUGUCACCGGCCGGACGCAUCCUCACCUGGCUACUCUGUGGUCACCUGCUGGAGCUCUGGACCCCAGGUCACACCGCGAACCCCUCCUACCCAAGGCUGCGCCUGUCACAUAAAGAACUCUUGGACCUGAACAGGACAUCAAUAUUUCAAAGCCCCUUUGGAUUUCUUGAUCUCCACACAAUGCUGCUGGAUGAGUAUCAAGAACGACUCUUUGUAGGAGGCAGAGACCUUGUGUAUUCCCUGAACUUGGAGCGAAUCAGUGAUGGCUACAGAGAGAUAUACUGGCCUAGUACAGCAGUAAAAGUCGAAGAAUGCAUCAUGAAAGGAAAAGACGCAAAUGAGUGUGCCAAUUACGUUCGAGUUUUGCAUCACUACAACAGGACACACCUUUUGACCUGUGCUACGGGGGCCUUUGAUCCACUUUGUGCCUUCAUCAGAGUUGGGUACCAUUCAGAGGACCCCCUGUUUCACCUGGAGUCCCACAGAUCUGAGAGAGGAAGGGGCAGAUGUCCUUUUGACCCCAGCUCCUCCUUUGUCUCCACUCUCGUUGGUAGUGAACUGUUCGCUGGACUCUACAGUGACUACUGGAGCAGAGAUUCUGCGAUCUUCCGCAGCAUGGGGAAGCUAGGCCACAUUCGCACUGAACAUGACGAUGAGCGGCUGCUGAAAGAACCAAAAUUUGUAGGCUCAUAUAUGAUUCCUGAUAAUGAAGACCGAGAUGACAACAAAAUAUACUUCUUUUUUACUGAAAAGGCGUUGGAAGCGGAGACCAAUGCCCACACCAUCUACACCCGAGUGGGGAGGCUGUGCGUGAAUGACAUGGGAGGACAGAGAAUACUGGUGAAUAAGUGGAGCACAUUCCUUAAAGCAAGGCUGGUUUGCUCAGUACCAGGAAUGAAUGGAAUUGACACGUAUUUUGAUGAGCUAGAGGAUGUGUUUUUACUGCCUACCAGAGAUCCUAAGAACCCAGUGAUAUUUGGACUGUUUAAUACUACCAGCAAUAUAUUCAGAGGCCAUGCUAUAUGUGUCUAUCACAUGUCGAGUAUCCGGGAAGCCUUUAACGGCCCAUAUGCACAUAAAGAAGGCCCCGAGUACCACUGGUCACUGUAUGAAGGCAAAGUCCCUUACCCCAGGCCUGGCUCUUGUGCCAGCAAAGUGAAUGGAGGGAAAUAUGCGACCACCAAAGACUACCCCGACGAUGCCAUUCGAUUCGCAAGAACGCAUCCAUUAAUGUAUCAUCCCAUUAAACCUGCUCAUAAAAAGCCAAUACUUGUAAAGACGGAUGGAAAAUAUAACCUGAAGCAACUAGCAGUAGAUCGAGUGGAAGCUGAGGAUGGCCAGUAUGAUGUUUUAUUUAUUGGGACAGAUACAGGAAUUGUGCUGAAAGUAAUCACAAUUUACAACCAAGAAACAGAGGGGAUGGAGGAAGUCAUACUCGAGGAGCUUCAAAUAUUCAAGGAUCCAGUUCCUAUCAUUUCUAUGGAAAUUUCUUCAAAGAGACAACAGCUCUACAUUGGAUCAACCUCUGCUGUGGCACAAGUCAGAUUCCAUCACUGCGACAUGUAUGGCAGUGCUUGUGCCGACUGCUGCCUGGCUCGAGACCCUUACUGUGCCUGGGAUGGCAUAUCCUGCUCCAGGUACUACCCAACAGGAGCACAUGCGAAGAGGCGGUUCCGCAGACAGGAUGUUCGGCACGGCAAUGCUGCCCAGCAGUGCUUUGGACAGCAGUUUGUUGGAGACGCCUUGGACAGGACUGAGGAGAGGCUGGCCUAUGGCAUAGAGAGCAACAGUACUUUGCUGGAAUGCACACCACGAUCACUACAAGCGAAAGUUGUCUGGUUUGUGCAGAAGGGACGUGAAAUAAGAAAAGAAGAGGUGCAGGCAGAUGACAGAGUGGUUAAGAUGGACCUGGGUUUACUCUUCCUUCGAGUACGCAAGUCAGAUGCUGGGACCUAUUUUUGCCAGACAGUAGAGCAUAGCUUUGUCCACACUGUGCGUAAAAUCACCUUGGAGGUAGUAGAAGAGCAGAAAGUGGAAGGGAUGUUUCAUAAGGACCACGAAGAAGAAAGACAUCACAAGAUGCCCUGCCCUCCCUUAACCGGCAUGUCUCAGGGGACGAAACCCUGGUACAAAGAAUUCUUGCAGCUCAUUGGCUACAGCAACUUCCAGAGAGUGGAAGAAUACUGUGAAAAGGUGUGGUGUACAGACAAGAAGAGGAAAAAGCUUAAAAUGUCUCCCUCCAAGUGGAAGUACGCCAACCCCCAGGAAAAGAGGCUUCGCUCUAAACCUGAGCAUUUCCGCCUGCCCAGGCACACGCCGCUCUCCUGAGUUCGCCCUCUGCCGGCUGCUGAGGAAUCUAGAAUGGAAACAUAUUUUGAAGAGAAGAGAGUGAAAGCAUGCAACAUCUUUCCAUUACUUCAAAGAGCUUUCUGUAGUACUGAGAGGCGGGAAAGGUGUUUUAAGUUAUUCUGCAUACUCACCUAACUGUACAGACCUCUCACCGUACUAGUACUUACACGUGUGUAUUGCUUAAAAGGCUUCACAUUGUAUUUAUCAACACAUGACUGUGGCUACAAUUUUGAGUUUGCUAUUCAGGGAAAUUAUUUCACCAUUGGGAUGUGUAUUAUAAUUAUAAUAUUAAAGUAAAUGUUUUUAGAUUGUCAUAAUUAAGAAAGAAGUGAAAAUAAAUCAGCCCUAUCUUUCUCGAGUUUCCCUUGCAACUAUGAGAUAAAAACACAGAAUAUCAAAUACUUUGAUUUCUAUGUGAACUUUCGGUUUUGUUGCUAUUUUUUUUUAAGCCAUGAGUUGUAAGUAGUUGUGUUAUGGUUGCUAUAAACCAACCAUAAAAUAAAUCUGCAACCCAUCCGUUAUAAGACUUGUUCCCUUCAUGAAACACUCAUUAAACUAUAUUUAAAAUAUUUCUGUUUUAUAAACAAGACACAUCCUUUAAAUUUCACUUCAGUGUGGAAGGAAGGAAGAUAACAUCACCGAUAUUUUUAACUAAUGUUAAAGCAUGAAGGUAGAAUUUUAAUCAAAAGGUCUGUGCUUCCCUCUUGUGGUAGAAGAAGGCAUCUUCUGUCAUAGUGCUGUUUCCACAAAUACUCUGCAAAGAUUUGAAAACAAAUUUUGUGAGCAGAUACAUCUCAUUUUCAGAAAACUCAAUUAAAACCAUAAUGACUUUGCAGUACAGCAAAGAUAUUAACAACAUUUGAGCUUUUAAAAGGUAGGCUUUCAACUCUUCCCUGAGGGGGGAAAAUACUUUGGAAGAAUGUUUUAUCUGUAAAAAAUUAUCAAAACAUUUUCUCUUAGAAACAAAAAUUUUCUGUUUUAUAUUUGCUUCUCGGAUUCAUUUUAGUACUGACAUCUUCAGAGAAUCAUUAUCUUUAUCUUAUAAAUAUUACCAAAAUUUAUAUUUUUCAGAAUGUUUAUUUCUUGAAAUCUUUCUCUUUGUAUUUUAAAGAGUUAACAGCUCCCUUUCUGAAAUAUGAGCUUUAUAAGACUGUUCACUUAUGUAAGAGUAAAGCAAGUGGGGUGUACAUAAGAACAAUUAUGAAUAGUUAUUCAGACUUAAAUUUAAAUAUUUAUGUCUGCUAUCUCUGUAUGCUAAAUAAUUAAGAAUAUAAAAUGUUGAGAAUUUCUAAUUGCUUUUUUUUUCACUCUAAGAUGAGUAAAUUACAUAAAGGCU